AUGCCGGCUCGCCCUUUAGCCCUAGUUUUACACCAGAACAUGAGAGUCAUCGAUUUUAUAAAUCAGAAAUCAAAGGAAUGGGACGUUCGGCUACUGGAGGAUUACGUUGCCCCUGCAGAUAUACUUUUCAUAAGGAGUUUCGCCAUAAGUUCAACUCAUCGCCGUGACACCUUCUGUUGGAACUACACUAAAAAUGGCCAGUAUACGGUUAAAUCUGGAUAUUGGGUUCCUCAAAACUUAUUGAAGUAUGAGGAAGAGAAGAAGAUGGGUCAUGGAAAGCCACUGCACAGUUCAGCGGUUGUGGAUGGGUUUGGAUGGAUAGCUUGGAAAAAGUUCAACUUAUGGGGAUACAAAAUUAUCCAAGACGAGAGUAUGCCUUACAUUCAGAAGCGGAAGCACUAUGAUGGACGAUGGAGAGUAUGCAUUCUACAUGUCAAGGCUUCGGGACAUAUUGCAAGGAUUUAA